AUGAAGAGGUACCACAUUGGAUGUACAUGGGCAGGAGCUGUGGUUGGGGCAAUCCCACCACUAAUGGGAUACGCUGCGAUGACAGGGUCGUUGGAUACUGCGGCUUUGGUUUUGGCUGCUAUUCAUUACUCGUGGCAGUUUCCUCAUUUCAAUGGCCUCAGCUGGAAUCUUCGUGGAGAUUACAGUAAAGCUGGCUAUAGGGUAAUGUGUGUGACAGAUGAAGACAUUUGUAGGAAAACGACGAUGAGGUACGUUUCUCUUUUAAAUUGCUUUAUUGAUAGUUGUAACAAGUUAUUAUUCACUCAAGAUCGUUUUUACAAUGGUCUAUAUUCUAGGCAUGCUGUAGCUUUGUUUGGUAUGUGUUCGAUAGCUGCACCAUUGUGCGACUUGGCUCCGGUCAACUUUGCGUUAGAGUCGAUCCCUUUGAAUGCGCUUUUGAUCUACCUUUCCUACAAAUUCUACAAAGCUCCAGACUCCAAAAAUAGUCGGACAUUGUUUAGAUACUCGUUGCUGUACCUUCCGUUAAUACUGAUUCUGAUGGGUAUCAGUCAGAAGGGUAGGACGGAGAAGAAGGGAUUUGAUCUAGAAAAACUGCCUGGGGCAUCGCUCAAACAGUAGGUUGACAAUUAAGGUCCCGGUUGAUGACAUAAUACGGAUGUCGCAAGGAUUUAGUUGUAUGACUAGGAUAUGUACAGAAAUAAAUUGUUACUGUUACUGUAAGAUACUAACCGAGUUUGAUAUAGAAGUAUUAAAGUUUUUACUGUAAAGUAAUGGGGUUUAUUUCAAAUGUAAAGGCUUAUUUUUAACUUUACAAAAGUUUAUUGACAUUUGCUAUAAAAGAUUAAAAGUCAAUUUCUUUGAGUUCUUUGUGUUGCCUUCUACGUGCCAACGAGGGACACCAGUACUCUUUAGUAAUCCAACAUACCACCAUGAUCCACAGUAUUAGUAACAUCCACCCUAAUCGUCGUAUCUUCUCGUCUGCACCAGAUUCCUGAGCCAUUAGAACUGAUUAACACAACAUGUGAUAGAUCAUCUGAAAGUGGAAAGGAGUACGUGUUAAACCGACAUGUAGAGCAACUGGAAUAAUCUCGGCCAAAUCUGUCAGACCCGUGAAUCCCCAGUGGCUAGAAUCAGUUAUCUUGUGUACUUUUCGAAAAUUCCUGCACGUAUACGAUGAAGUUAUUAUACUUUACUAGAUCUUACGUAUAAGAAGGUUUAAACUUCAGUAAUUUGCAAUCAGUUGUUACCUAAACCUGAAAGUAAAAGAACUAAAAAUGAAACAAAGUAUUCGGUCUUCAAGUUGUCUUACUGAUUAGCCUUAAAAGAACUUGCCCGCCAACUGGUAUAAGACAAACAAAGAAGAGUAUUGAGUUUCUCACCUUAUUUCCUUUCGUAAUUCGACCGGUCGCGACUGUCGAUGGCCGUUCCACUUCACUUUGUCAUCAGUUGAUUACCGGUCGAUUUGUUAUGAUUUUAUGGGUUCUACUCUUGUGUAUCGUAUGGGCGAACCUGAUACUACCGUUUUUUGUAACAUGUAACAACAAGUCUAAAGUAAUGUCAAUUCUUUUGUCUUGUACUAUUUUGUCCAGAAAGGACAAUAUUUUUUUCAGUUUUUGAUAUUUGUAUUCGUUUGAAAGUAUUUUGGUUUUAUUAUUACGUGCUGUACUAACGUGCCUUUGUGUUAGUUUAGUUUUAUUAGUCAUUCUAACAAUUUUAAGUUAUCGUUUUAGAAUUCUGAAAUUAAAAAACGGAGAAAAAAGCCAUUUGGAUCUCAGAGAGCUGUUCAACCUCCGUCUUCCUCAUCUGAUGACAAUCUCAAACCUAAUGAAUCUAUCAAUCCCCCUAACGAAUCAGCCCCGACUAACCAAAGCUGCGCCCAAUCACAUCCAGAAUUGGUACCAUAUACUCUGCAUGGCUGUGUGCCACUCGGACAGUCGAAUGUUACCGCACCUAAAGAGAAUAAGAAGGUCGAGAGUGACAGCGAGACCGACUUCAGAAGCCUGGAAGAGAAAAUGAAGAAUCAAAGUGCUCCGCGAGAGAGCAUCGCCCACACCGGAAAGAAACGAGAAUCGAUCCGGAAGAUCGACGAUGAAAAGAAAGAAUCUGAAUCUGAUGAGCCCACUCAGCCUAGUGUGCCGAAGAACAAGAAGUCUGGAGAGCUGUUAGAAGCCGAUCCCACACAGUACCAAGAUGUUAAGAAUGUCUCCAAACGUGGAAAGUACAGUACUAGAGGAAAGGCUGCACCUGGAUUGGUAGAAGACAAAACCCAGUAUCAAGAUGGCAAAAACCUCCCCAAACGUAGAAUGUACAGUAUCAGAGGAAAAGCCACAAUUGGGGAAGACAAAACCCAAUAUCAAGAUCCGAAGAACGUCUCUCAACGUAAUCGGUUGGACGCUACUCAGUACGACGCCAAGAAUCUGACGCAACGAAAGAAACGUUCGAAGAGGAAGAAGGACGGUGAAGUUGAUCCUACACAGUACGAGAACAAGACUGGCACUACGGUAAGACGACCGGUAAACGAGGUCAAGAAGGACAAUCACGCGUCAUGUGUAAGUUACUGUUUUUUUCUAAGGGAGUAAUACAAUUGAGGUCACUGUAGUUGAGAGAGUUAUGUCCUAUAAAUCUCACUUUGCACAAGUUUACUCUAACUUGAUAUUGCAGAACCAAAUCCCGUCGAAAGUGGCUGAUCGUGUCCAUUGUAAACAAGAAUCGGCCUACAUUGAGGUAAGUAUUGUGUUUACAGUGUUUAUGUUUCUUGAAGACGUUGUGAUAUGGUAUCAUGUUUCAGGGUGGAGAACAACGUCCGCUGAGAUGA